UGCUGGCCGCUGGCUGGAACCUGUUGCUCCGCAGUUCCGUGUUGUGCAAUGGACGGCAGUGUCCACCACGAUAUAACAGUUGGUACUAAGAGAGGAUCAGACGAGCUUUUCUCCAGCGUCUCCAACGGCCCGUAUAUCAUGAGCACCACAGCCAAUGGCAACGACAGCAAGAAGUUCAAAGGUGACAUAAGAGGUCCCGGGGUGCCGUCCAGGGUCAUCCACAUCCGCAAGCUUCCCAACGACAUCACCGAGGCCGAGGUGAUCAGCCUGGGUCUGCCCUUCGGAGACGUCACCAACCUGCUGAUGCUCAAAGCCAAGAACCAGGCCUUCUUAGAGAUGAACUCAGAGGAAGCAGCUCAGAACAUGGUGGGUUAUUACUCCACAGUGAUGCCCAUCAUCAGACACCAUCCGGUCUACGUCCAGUUCUCCAACCACAAGGAGCUCAAGACUGACAACUCACCCAACCAGGAGAGGGCCCAGGCAGCUCUCCGGGCCCUUAGCACGUCUCAUGUGGACACGGCCGUGGCGGCUCCGAGCACGGUGCUGAGGGUGGUGGUGGAGAACCUGGUCUACCCUGUCACCCUGGACGCUCUCUGCCAGAUCUUCUCCAAGUUCGGCACCGUGUUGAGGAUCAUUGUCUUCACCAAGAACAGUCAGUUCCAGGCUCUGCUGCAGUAUCCUGACGGAGCGUCUGCCCAGGCUGCUAAACUGUCUCUGGACGGACAGAACAUCUAUAACGGCUGCUGCACUCUGAGGAUCAGUUUCUCCAAACUCACCAGCCUCAACGUCAAAUACAACAACGAAAAGAGCCGAGACUUCACCAGACCCGACCUGCCCACCGGAGACAGCCAGCCCACCAUGGAGCACCCGGCCAUGGCCACAGCCUUCACUCCAGGUAUCAUUUCAGCUGCACCUUACGCCGGAGCCACUCACGCCUUCCCACCAGCCUUCACCAUCCAGCCUGCAAUGUCUUCCCCCUAUCCAGGCCUGACGGUGCCCGCUCUGCCCGGAGCCCUGGCCUCUCUGUCCCUCCCUGGGGCCACCAGGCUGGGAUUCCCUUCCAUCUCUGCUGGACACUGUGUCCUGCUGGUCAGCAACCUCAACCCAGAGAGAGUUACGCCCCACUGCCUCUUUAUUCUCUUCGGUGUUUAUGGCGACGUGAUGAGAGUGAAGAUUCUGUUCAACAAGAAGGAAAACGCUCUGGUUCAGAUGUCUGACAGCACACAGGCUCAGCUAGCUAUGAGUCACCUGAACGGCCAGCGGCUGCACGGGAAGCCCCUGCGCAUCACGCUGUCCAAACACACCAAUGUCCAGCUUCCCCGUGAAGGCCACGAGGACCAGGGCCUGACCAAAGACUACAGCAACUCCCCGCUGCACCGCUUCAAGAAACCCGGCUCCAAAAACUACUCCAACAUCUUCCCACCUUCUGCCACCCUACACCUCUCCAACAUCCCCCCUUCUGUGGUAGAAGAUGACCUCAAGCUGCUGUUUUCCAGCUCAGGAGCCAUGGUCAAGGCCUUCAAGUUCUUCCAGAAGGACCACAAGAUGGCUCUGAUCCAGAUGGGCUCAGUGGAGGAGGCCAUCGAGUCUCUCAUCGAGUUCCAUAACCACGACCUAGGAGAGAACCACCACCUGCGGGUCUCCUUCUCCAAGUCCUCCAUCUGAGCCUUGGACUCCAUCACCUGGAUCCUCCACGCUCUUCUGAGAGCGGACUUGCUGGUCCACUACACUCCGAUCAUUCCAACAUGUC